GGUUUUGCCAGUAUUGUUUCAUUAUGCCCGAGCCGGCCAAGUCUGCUCCCGCCCCGAAGAAGGGCUCCAAGAAGGCGGUGACCAAGGCCCAGAAGAAGGAUGGCAAGAAGCGCAAGCGCAGCCGCAAGGAGAGCUACUCCGUGUACGUGUACAAGGUGCUGAAGCAGGUCCACCCCGACACCGGCAUCUCUUCUAAGGCCAUGGGAAUCAUGAACUCCUUCGUCAACGACAUCUUCGAGCGCCUCGCAAGCGAGGCUUCCCGCCUGGCGCACUACAACAAGCGCUCGACCAUCACCUCCAGGGAGAUCCAGACCGCCGUGCGCCUGCUGCUUCCGGGGGAGCUGGCCAAGCACGCGGUGUCGGAGGGCACCAAGGCCGUCACCAAGUACACCAGCUCCAAGUAAAUUCUCAAGGUCUUGUCCAACCCAAAGGCUCUUUUCAGAGCCACUCA